GAUAGUGAGGAGGAGAAUGAACUAUAGAGGUUUAGCUGAACCUCUCCUCCCAAUGCCUUCCUUGGUAAUUGUCAGAUCCCUGUGCUCUCAACAGGACCUUACACGUGUUCUCGAUCAACUGAACCUGAUCAAUCAUGUGGAGGUGAAAUACUCAGAACUCAGUUCAGCUGAAUUAGAGCCGUGGUGUUUGUUGCAGUGCUGGAUGUGGUGUUGGUGUUUGCUGGUGUGCAGCGUGCGGUACGUCUGGCAGUGUGUGAGGUUCAUGGGGCAAUGUCUAUACCUCGGAUUCCACUGGCUGUUCAGCUGCUGUUGCGGGUUUAGAUACAGCUGGAUGAAACAAGAAGCUCGGAAGUGUAAGCCAUUCCUGGGCUGUUUGUGGCAAAAGAAACUGAACGUGGUCCACCACUCAGCUCUGCAAGGAAGAAUGAAUAUCACAGAUGUCUACGAUUCUUUAUACGACUAUAUUCUAACGUACAUGUCAUGGAGAGUCGGCCGGGAGUCUAUCAUCUUCAUUGUGGACAAUGUGCAGGACGGCAAAACUACACAGGACAACAUCAAAGUUGAACAGCCAACUUUAAUUCAAUGUUGCAAUAAAAUUUUCAUCUUCCAGAACACUGAUGAGAAUGGAUGGAACCAACUGGAAGAAGACAGAUUAAAUAUAUUUCUCCAAACAUACUUCAAAACUGUUGAAUUGACCAGUGUGGAUUGAAGGCCAAGAGUGCUCAUGGUCAAUGUGCCCAUGUUUGGCCCUCGACAGACAGGGAACACCAGAAGCCAUUUUAUUCUGGUUUCACUUUCUCUAAAAUGAACUUUACAAUGUCUAUUAUUAUCAGAAUACCAGUAGUGC